UUUUAAAUAUUGACUGGAUCUAGGCUGCAUCGAUGAGUCAUCCAUAAAUGUCGAAGUUGCGAAGCCUGUUCCGCCUGAAGUCAAGGUAUUUUCUGCGGAACCGUACUAAUAACUUUAGUCAGAUGAAUGCAGAAGGGUCCACCCUGCUGGGCUGUAAGCCGCCGGUAGAGGCUCUGAAAGACCUUGGAUAUGCUUUCAAUUCAAAAGGGGAGCUCAGAAAGAUUGUAGAUGGAGUUCCCGGGGAGCAGCCAUUUGAGUUUAAUGUGAGUGAGCUACACCAGGAAUGCCAGGUGCACUAUGAGAAUGUUGGCAUGGUUAUCACCGACUAUGUCUAUCAUCUGCUAGAAGCACAGGAGAAUAUGAUGAGGCUCCCAGUCCCUUCUGACAGUAAGCUGAGCAGUGGCACUUUUAUAUUUGCCACCAAGGAAUAUGAGACAAAAGAUAUCCUUCUCCUUCUCUUACACGGCUCGGGUGCCGUACGCGCUGGCCAAUGGGCGCGAUCUAUCAUCAUUAACGAAAACCUGGACAAAGGUACCCAAAUACCCUACAUAAAACGCGCAGUAGCCAAAGACUAUGGAGUUCUAGUGCUAAACACAAACGACAACUACCUAACAACCGGCAAUAAAAUACCGAAAAGCGGCACACCAGAUGAACACGCGCAGUACGUGUGGGACAAAUACGUUGCCAACGCGAAGGCGUCGUCGAUUUUCAUCGUGGCUCACAGUUACGGCGGCGUGGUGACGAUGAACCUUGCUAUAAAGAAUAAGAACGAGUUUAAGAAGAGAGUAAAGGCUAUAGCCCUGACGGAUUCCGUUCAUGGGUUCUCUAGUAAGAGUAUACCAGAUUAUGUUACACAGACUGCAACAAAUUGGAUAUCAUCAAACAAACCUUUGGACACGCCCAUGCCCACCAGGAAGGGAGAAAUACCGAUGGUCUCGGCCGGUCAUCCAAAACACGAAAUGACUUCAUAUUCAUGCAUGGAUUCAGUGUUCAACUUUUUUGAUGAAAAACUAGCCAAGAACUGAAUGUUGAUGAAUUGUACAAUAGUAUAUUAA